AAGAAUCUUAACGUGAACUCAACUACUAAGUGAUCCUACUCCCACCUACCUGAUCCCAUUUAAUGCCGACACGUUUCAUGCUAACUCCAAAAUGGUUACUGAUGAACAAAUAAAGCAUGUCCUCCUUUUGCCAGCCUUCAACUCCUUCACCCAUUUCCUGAGACUCUAACUGUAAGCAAAAGCUACGGAUGUUCCUCUCUCGUCUACUGAUCAAGUUACUUUACCCACUGCUUCUUAGACAUGCAUAUAUACACGCUCUCUCUCUCUCUCGAGUUAUUACUAUCACAACAUUUCAUUUAUCCUUGAAGUGGAUUUGUGAUUAAUAAACUAUAUAGCAUUUGGGAGGGAGAGGAUCGGGCUCUCUUAGCUUAGCUGUAUCAUUCAUUCGUUCAGAAUUUCGAAUCUUAUUGCAUUUCUUGCUGCUUCAUAUUCAUCAACUACCACAAAGAAACUACUAUCUUAUUCUUUCUUCUCUCAGUUAACAAACUGCUCUGGCAGCAAGAGUUGCUACUUGCUUUGAUUCGUGAAGCAAAGCAGGGAAAUGGGGUGGUGGUUUUCUGAGUUGGGUUUUGCAUUUCCAUGCUGAUCUGUAAAUGUGGAGGAGGAGCUGAGGGAGUUCACAUUGGAUCUCCUCACUCAGAAAAAGUGGGGGGAAAGAACAAGAAAGGGGUUGUGAGUUUUGAGCAGCCCAAGAAAUUGAACAGAAAAGGAUAAAAAUAGAUGCAGUAUUGUAAUUUUCCUCUGUUCAAUAAUGCCUUUCGAGAAUUAUAUUAUUAGCAAGUACCAGAAAUAUUCAUAGAGAGGAAAAAAGAAAGAUUUACUCUUUUCUAGUCUGCAAGUUCUGAGCUCAGUUCACGUGCGGGCUUCUCAGUACUGUGAUGUCCGUGAGUUUUUGCAAGUAGCUCAAAGCAAAGAGAUGGAGAAACGAUGCCAAAUGGUCAGUCCCAGUGUCUUCCUUGAUUGAAUCUCAGACUUCACUUCAACAACGUGUCUUUCGUUGGCCUUAAAUCCCCAUCCAAUGACCUGAGUUAGUAGGCGAGCUUCUGUUACUGCCUGCAUGUUUCUGCUUCAAAAUUUUACUUCCAAGCAGCCCAGCUGUUUUUAUUCAGUCAACUGAAAAUGACUAAAAUUUUGGCGCGUCUUAUUUGAUGGAGAUGGUUCUUCCAGCUCUCAAGUCUUAUGGCGGUAUGCUAUGUUAAUGGUAUAUCUUGAAGAUUUGGUGUUUUGAAGGUGACUGGGCAAAUUUUAAUUAAAAGCGCCAAAAAAGGACCUGAAAGUGUUUUUGGCCUUUUAGUUCUUCGGAAAGAUUUUACUACUAGAACAAGGUAAGCACAUCAAAGAUACCCUGUAUUUAUAGGUUUUGAUGUUCUUCAGCUCUUUUUGGAAACAAAGAACCAAAAUUUAAUCAUAGUCCAAUAUUUCCUGUCAAUAGUCUCGAUUCAGAGUUGAGACCAUGAUCUCAGAGAUUCUGUUUUAAUUACUAAUCCUCCAUUCUUUUCUAGAGUCAACUUUUCAAAAAACAUUCAAUUCAAAGAUUAAGAUGGAACCUCUCGUUUCGGGGUAUCCAUUUAUCCUCUCAUUGUUAUACUUGUGUGUUGUUUCACUUCUUUCCCCAGUUAGAUCAGGCGAUGCUGAGGCUCUUUUAACCCUCAAAUCAGCCAUUGAUCCUCUAAACUCCCUCUCAUGGCAACAAGGAAUCAAUGUAUGCACAUGGCAAGGUGUCAAAGAAUGCAAGAAUGGAAGGGUCACAAAGCUUGUUGUAGAGUACCAAAACCUGAGUGGUACUCUAGAUGCCAAAAUCCUAAACCAGUUAGAUCAACUUCGAGUCUUGAGCUUCAAAGGGAACUCACUUUCAGGCCAAAUCCCAAGUCUUUCUGGCCUCGUCAAUCUCAAAUCUCUCUUCCUUCAAACCAACAACUUCUCUGGUGAUUUCCCAGAUUCCAUUACAGGCCUACACCGUUUAAAAGUCAUAGUUUUAGCUCAAAACCAAAUCUCUGGUCCAAUCCCAGCGUCCCUCCUCAAACUCAGUCGUUUGUAUGUUCUAUACUUGGAAGAUAAUAAGUUAACUGGGGCAAUCCCUCCUUUGAACCAAACCAGUCUAAGAUUCUUCAAUGUGUCUAACAAUCAACUCUCUGGUCAAAUUCCUGUAACCUCGUCAUUGAUUAGGUUCAACACAUCCUCUUUCAAUGGCAAUCUCAAUCUUUGUGGUGUACAAAUUCAAAAUCCUUGCAACAAUCCAAAUUUAGGACCAUCUCCAAGUCCAACUUCUCCAACUUCAAAACCAUCCUCCAGACAUAGCAAGAUAAUCAAGAUUGUAGCAGGAAGUGUUGGCGGGUUUAUGUUUGUUAUAAUUUGUCUACUUUUGGCACGCUGUUUUUGUUUCGAGAAUGGCCCCAAGAAAGAGGGGUCAUCGGUUUUAGGGGUGGUUGGUGCUGAAAGAGGAGGAGAAGCACAAGCAUUAGGUGGCGGCGGAGGCGGCGGCAUGGAUGGUAAUGGUGGUGGGAGACAGGGGGGGUUUUCAUGGGAGGGUGAGGGGUUAGGGAGUCUGGUGUUCUUGGGUGCUGGGGACCAAAAGAUGUGUUACAGCUUGGAGGAUUUAUUGAAGGCGUCAGCGGAGACUUUGGGGAGGGGAACUAUAGGGAGUACAUACAAAGCUGUGAUGGAGUCCGGGUUCAUCGUGACCGUUAAAAGGUUAAAAGAUUCAAGAUAUCCUAGGCUUGGGGAGUUCAGGAGACACAUGGAACUGCUUGGUAGGCUAAGGCAUCCCAUGCUGGUCCCCCUCAGGGCUUAUUUUCAGGCUAAGGAGGAAAGGCUACUUGUAUAUGAUUAUUUCCCCAACGGCAGUCUCUUUUCUCUCCUCCACGGAACUAGAACUUCAGGCGGUGGAAAGCCUCUUCACUGGACUUCGUGCCUCAAAAUAGCAGAGGACUUGGCAACUGGACUCCUUUAUAUCCACCAGAACCCUGGUUCAACCCAUGGGAAUUUGAAAUCCUCGAAUGUCCUUUUAGGCCCUGAAUUUGAGUCCUGCCUUACUGACUAUGGUCUGACCACGUUCCGAAAUCCAGACUCGCUGGAGGAACCCAGUGCCACUUCUCUCUUCUACAGAGCCCCUGAAAUCCGAGACGUGCGAAAACCACCUACCCAACCAGCUGACGUCUACAGCUUCGGCGUGCUCCUAUUGGAACUUCUGACUGGAAAGACUCCCUUCCAGGACCUUGUUCAGGAGCAUGGUCCCGAUAUUCCCAGGUGGGUUCGGUCAGUACGCGAGGAAGAGACUGAGUCUGGAGAUGACCCUGCCUCCGGUAAUGAGGCAGCGGAGGAGAAACUUCAGGCUCUUGUAAACAUUGCAAUGGCUUGUGUCUCACUCACGCCAGAGAACCGGCCGUCAAUGAGGGAUGUUUUGAAGAUGAUCAGAGACGCAAGGGCGGAGGCUCAAAUUUCAUCUAAUAGCAGUGACUAUUCACCUGGAAGAUGGUCAGAUACAGUUCAGAGCUUGCCCAGAGAAGAACAUUUGACCAUUUGAGUGGUUAGUAAACUUGGCGGCUUUAAUUUGGAAAACAAUGUCUUCUGAUUCCCCACCUCGAACAAUAUAUUGAUUCUUCAACAAGGCGUUUGUAGAGUCCAAUCAUGUAAAGUUUCCCACUUCCAGUCGUAUUUCUUUUGGUUUAGUUAGCUUGCAACCAUAGCAGUUUUGAGUUACAUAUUUCGCAAUUUGAAAUUUGUUGAAGGGAUAUAUCGCUGCUGUCACAGGGCACUGCUUGUCUUGUUCAGCUGAGAUUGUUUUCUGGGUGUUAUCCCCGUGGUCAUACAAGAAGAACAACUCCUCUUUUUUUUCU